CGACCCCAAGGAACGCACCCAUUCGUAGUCGAGCCGUGGAAGAGUGAACACGCCAGCGAGUACAACUUCCGUCCGUCCGUACGUUGCGCCAGAGGGUGCGCAAAGCAUUGCCCCAUAAUCUGUGUGCCCGUGUGUGCGCUACUUCAGGCCCCCCGGGGAUAUCGUGCGGAAGUGUGGCACAGGAUCACACGACGACGUUCACGACGUGCUACUACUACACAGGCCGCUACGAUCGAAUCGAAUCGACCACAUCCCUCCCCGAACUGGACCACCUUUAACGCGAAUGCUAUAUGACUCCUUGUUUGUUCAACACCGUCAGCAGCAACGAGUAACAGCUUCCACCAAAGCAAUCGAGCCCUCGCAUAGGAUUAGUAUGGCCGUCGGUGAACGUGCGCUCUAAGGGCGGAGAAAGCUAACGCGAAACCAAGUGCCAGAGUGAAAGUGUCGAAACAGUGAUUUUUUUCCAAGAAAAAGACGAAAAGGCCGUCAACAGGGAAGCGUAAAUCUUUUUUUUCAGAAACGAACCAAAUAAAACAAAUAGAAAACAGUGGUCUGUUUGCAGUGAAAGUGAAUUAAAGCGAGCUGCUGCUGCUACUGCUGAAACCAUAAGGAAAACGGCGUUUGGCAGCCGAGCAGCUAAACUGCCCAUUUAAGCCCCAGCGAAAGGAUCCAAAAUCUGCCAAAAUAGAGCCGUAGUAGUGUACCAACAUGGCUGAAGCAGAGGGAGGAUCCGAGCAGGAUGAUGUUUCAUUCUUGCGUACGGAAGACAUGGUCUGCCUGUCCUGUACGGCAACCGGCGAACGCGUGUGUCUGGCGGCCGAGGGUUUCGGCAACCGGCACUGCUUCCUGGAGAACAUCGCAGACAAGAACAUCCCGCCGGACCUAUCGCAGUGCGUGUUCGUCAUAGAGCAGGCGCUGUCGGUGCGUGCGCUGCAGGAGCUUGUCACGGCCGCCGGUUCGGAAACCGGAAACGAUUCGGUAGGAAAGGGUACCGGAUCCGGUCAUCGUACGCUGCUUUAUGGCAAUGCUAUCCUGUUGCGUCACAACAACAGUGACAUGUAUCUUGCCUGUCUGUCAACGUCGUCCUCCAACGAUAAGCUGUCGUUUGACGUCGGUCUGCAAGAGCACAGCCAAGGUGAGGCCUGCUGGUGGACCGUACACCCAGCCAGCAAACAACGUUCGGAGGGUGAGAAGGUCCGUGUCGGUGACGAUCUGAUUCUGGUGUCCGUCGCUACCGAGCGAUAUCUGCACACGACCAAAGAAAACGAUCUGUCGAUCGUAAAUGCUAGCUUCCAUGUGACGCACUGGAGCGUGCAGCCGUACGGAACCGGUAUCUCGCGCAUGAAGUAUGUCGGCUACGUGUUCGGCGGCGACGUGCUUCGGUUCUUCCACGGCGGUGACGAAUGUCUAACGAUUCCGAGUACCUGGAGCUUGGACUCGGGUCAGAACAUUGUCGUGUACGAGGGCGGUUCUGUAAUGUCGCAGGCCCGCUCGCUGUGGCGACUCGAGCUGGCCCGCACCAAGUGGGCCGGUGGUUUCAUCAACUGGUCCCAUCCGAUGCGUAUUCGCCAUCUUACCACCGGCCGGUAUCUCGGUGUGAACGAAAACAACGAACUGAUCCUGAUGAGCCGCGACCAAGCGACCACCUCGCAGACGGCCUUUGUGCUACGCCUCGAGAAGGACGACCAAAAGGUGGUGCUGGAGGACAAGGAUUUGGAAAUUAUCGGUGCCCCGAUCAUCAAGUACGGCGACUCGACCGUAAUCAUGCAGCACUACGAGUCGGGCCUGUGGGUCAGCUACAAGAGCUACGAAACGAAAAAGAAGGGCGUCGGCAAGGUGGAGGAAAAGCAGGCGAUACUGCAUGAGGAAGGCAAGAUGGACGAUGGGUUGGACUUUUCGCGUUCGCAGGAGGAGGAAUCGCGCACGGCUCGCGUCAUCCGCAAGUGUAGCAGCUUGUUCACCAAGUUUAUUAGUGGCCUUGAAACGUUGCAAGAAAAUCGUCGUCACUCGAUUUUCCUGCAGACUGUCAACCUGGGUGAGAUGGUCAUGUGCCUGGAGGAUCUGAUCAACUACUUCGCCCAGCCCGAGGACGACAUGGAACACGAGGAGAAGCAGAACCGUCUGCGUGCGCUGCGCAAUCGGCAGGAUCUGUUCCAGGAGGAGGGCGUGUUGAAUCUGAUCCUCGAAGCGAUCGACAAGAUUAACGUCAUCUCGUCGCAGGGCUUUUUGGCGUCGUUCCUGGCGAGCGACGAAAGCGGACAGAGCUGGGACAUGAUCUCCGGCUAUCUGUAUCAGCUGCUUGCCGCCAUCAUCAAGGGAAACCACACGAACUGUGCCCAGUUUGCCAACUCGAACCGUUUGAACUGGUUGUUCUCGCGACUUGGUUCGCAGGCAUCGAGCGAAGGUUCCGGCAUGCUGGAUGUGUUGCACUGUGUGCUGAUUGACUCGCCCGAAGCGCUGAACAUGAUGCGGGACGAGCACAUUAAAGUGAUCAUUUCACUGCUGGAGAAGCACGGCCGUGACCCCAAGGUACUGGACGUGCUGUGCUCGCUGUGCGUUGGUAACGGCGUUGCGGUGCGCUCGUCGCAGAACAACAUCUGCGACUUUCUGCUGCCGGGCAAGAAUCUGCUCCUGCAGACCGGGCUCGUCGACCAUGUGGCCAGCAUCCGGCCGAACAUUUUUGUGGGGCGCGUGGAAGGAUCCGCCAUCUACCAGAAGUGGUACUUCGAGGUGACGAUGGAUCACAUCGAGCAGAUGACGCACAUGACGCCGCAUCUGCGCAUCGGCUGGGCUAAUACGGCUGGGUACGUGCCGUAUCCAGGCGGAGGUGAAAAGUGGGGCGGCAACGGUGUCGGUGAUGAUCUGUUCUCGUACGGGUUUGACGGUGUGUACUUCUGGUCCGCUGGACGACGCACCUGCGUAGUGCCGAGGGAAGUAACGGAACCUUUCAUCAAGAAAGGGGACGUGAUUGGCUGUACGCUCGAUUUGAGUGUACCGGUGAUUCGGUUUACCUUUAACGGCGAACCGGUGCAGGGUUGCUUCACCGACUUCAAUCUGGACGGUAUGUUCUUCCCCGUGAUGAGCUGCUCGUCCAAGCUAAGCUGUCGCUUCCUGUUCGGCGGUGACAAUGGAAGGCUUAAGUUUAAUCCACCACCCGGCUUUUCGCCGCUAGUUCAGUGCCUUAUGCCACAUCAAAACCUUAGCCUGGAUCCGUGCUUUUAUUUCGGUAAUCUGAACAAGAACGUUCUCGCCGGCCCAUGGUUGGUAGAGGACGAUUCGGCGUUCGUGCCGAAACCAGUGGAUACCUCGAUCGUCACGUUGCCAUCGUCGGUGGAAACGAUCAAGGACAAGCUGGCGGAAAACAUCCACGAAAUGUGGGCACUGAACAAGAUCGAAGCCGGCUGGACGUGGGGUGAACGAAGAGACGAUGUGUACCGCAUCCAUCCGUGUCUGACGUCGUUCGAGAAGCUGCCGGCGGCGGAAAAGCGCUACGACUGUCAGCUCGCCGUUCAGACGCUCAAAACCAUCCUGGCGCUGGGAUACUACAUCUCGAUGGACAAGCCACCGGCACGCAUUCGUCCCAUUCGCCUGCCAAACGAUCCGUACAUGCAGGGCAACGGAUACAAACCGGCCCCGCUUGAUCUGAGUGCCGCCGUGCUGACGCCCAAGAUGGAGGAGCUGGUCGAUCAGCUGGCAGAAAACACGCACAACCUGUGGGCAAAGGAGCGCAUCCAGCAGGGCUGGACGUACGGGUUGAACGAGGAUUCGGAGAAUCUGCGUAGCCCUCAUCUCGUACCGUACUCGAAGGUGGACGAAGCGAUCAAGAAGGCAAACCGCGAUACCGCUUCCGAAACGGUGCGCACCCUGCUCAUCUACGGCUACAAUCUGGAUCCGCCGACCGGUGAAGCGAACGAGGCGCUGGCAGCGGAAGCGUUGCGCCAGAAGUUUGCCGCCUACCGUACGUACCGCGUCGAGCGAACGUAUGCGGUCACCUCUGGCAAGUGGUACUUUGAGUUCGAGGUGCUUACUGCCGGUCCGAUGAGGGUUGGUUGGGCACGGGCUGACUGUAAUCCCGGAACGAUGCUAGGAAGUGACGAUGCCUCGUGGGCAUUCGAUGGAUACAAUGAAGAGAAAGUGUCCGGAGGUGCAACGGAGUCGUUCGGCAAACAGUGGGUACCAGGCGAUAUUGUCGGUGUAUUUCUUGACUUAGUGGAUCAUACGAUCAGUUUCUCGCUAAACGGUGAACUGCUGAUGGAUGCUCUCGGUGGUGAAACUACCUUUGCUGAUGUCAACGCACCGGACGGUGUUGGCUUUGUGCCAGCCUGUACUAUUGGUAUCGGUCAGAAAGCGCGUGUUGUGUACGGUCAGGAUGUCGACUCUCUCAAGUGGUUUACAACCUGUGGUUUGCAGGAAGGUUACGAGCCAUUCUGCGUCAACAUGAAGCGUCCCGUUACCCACUGGUACACGAAGGAUCAACCGAUCUUCGAGAAUACGGACGAGAUUCCGGAGUGCAAGAUUGACGUGACGCGUAUCCCGGGCGGUGCCGAUACGCCACCCUGCAUGAAGAUCUCGCACAACACGUUCGAGACGAUGGAGAAGGCCAACUGGGAAUUUUUACGUUUGUCGCUCCCCGUAACAUGCGCCAAUACCUUCAUCACUGAACAGGAGAAGAUGCGCCGCUGGGAAGAGAUACGCAUCCGUCAGCAUCGUCUAAUGACGGAGGUUGAUCAUUCGGCUCCGGCACACUUCGACCAUAUCAUGCGUAGUGGCUUCACCAUGAACGAUAUCAAGGGUCUGCAUCGUAACUAUUCGGAAGAUGCGGCCGAAGCCGACGAGAUGAUGCGUAACGGGCCAAGACGUCCGUCGAGACACCAGGGACGCGGUGGACUUAGCCCACCGGGCAUUGAAAUCAAUGGUGAAGCUACGAGCGACGGCGAGCUUAAUGCGUACUCGGACAACGAGCUGGAGGGUGGUGACGAUCGCAAAAAGCGUGGCCGCAGUCCGUUCCGACUGUUCGGCAAGAAGCGGGACCAGAGCAAGGACAAGCUGAAGGAUCGUCGCACACCGGAGCCAGAACCGCGCAAGAGCAAUCUGAAGGUUACUCAGCGCGGUCAGGCUACGCGCAUGUCGAACAGCGAUCUGCGUGCCCAAGCACCGUUGACGCCGGAGCGUAAGGGUAUGGGAAGUCCGCAGGUGGAAUCUUUCGGCAACGAAGUUUACGAUGCAGAUUGUCUGCGCUUAAUCAAUGAAUACUUCUACGGGGUGCGCAUUUUCCCCGGUCAAGACCCGACCCACGUGUAUGUUGGAUGGGUGACGACGCAGUACCAUGUGCAUAGCAAAGAGUUCAGCCAGAACAAGGUGCGCCACGCAGCGAUCUACGUCGAGGACGAGAAUGAAAAAACCAUUGAGAUCGUUAAUCGUCAAUCGUGCUAUAUGGUACGCGCGGAUGAACUAUUCAACGAAGUCACCCAAGAUUCGUCUGGUAAGGGCGCAUCGCAGGGCAUGUUUGUUGGAUGUUUCGUCGAUACCGCUACCGGCACGAUCCGGUUUACGUGCGAGGGCAAGGAAACGUCCCACGUGUUUCUGAUGGAGCCGGAUACCAAGCUGUUCCCGGCUAUCUUCGUUGAGGCGACGAGCAAGGAAAUUCUUCAGAUUGAGCUCGGUCGCACACCGACGACGCUGCCUCUGUCGGCUGCCGUACUGCCAACCAGCGACAAGCAUAUCAACCCACAGUUCCCACCGAGACUGAAGGUCCAAUGUUUGAAGCCCCACCAGUGGGCACGCGUACCGAAUACUGCUUUGCAGGUGCACGCCCUGAAGCUGUCGGACAUCCGCGGUUGGUCGAUGUUGUGCGAGGACCCAGUGUCGAUGCUGGCACUGCACAUCCCCGAGGAGGAUCGUUGUAUCGAUAUUCUCGAGCUGAUCGAAAUCGAUCGUCUGUUGCAGUUCCAUGCACAUACGCUGACGCUUUAUUCGGCACUGUGCUAUCAGUCGAACUAUCGUGCCGCACAUGCGCUUUGCUCGCACGUCGACCAGAAGCAGCUGUUGUACGCGAUCCAGUCGGAGUACAUGAGUGGUCCGCUGCGUCUUGGAUUCUAUGAUCUAUUGAUUUCACUGCAUCUAGAAUCGCAUGCCACUACAAUGGAGGUUUGUAAGAAUGAGUACAUCAUUCCGCUAGGCUCCGAACUGCGCGAGCUAUACAUUGAUCCAGAAAUGUGCCACUCGCUCCGUUCAUUGCAAACGCUUUCCGUUCGACCGGAAAUGAACAUGACCGAAAUAGCACCCACACCCUCACAAUCGAAUAUGCCGACAAUAGUAGCACCAGAUUCUUCCAGUGAACCCAUACCGGCAAUUGACUCGUUAUAUUCGCCAAGAUUCCCACUCGAAGUGGUGAGGGAGUUCGUGAUGAGCGCACUGCAGGAAGCAGUACAGAUCAAUCAAGUACACAACCGCGAUCCCAUCGGUGGGUCCAACGAGAACCUUUUCCUGCCCUUGAUCAAGCUGAUCGAUCGUUUGCUGUUGGUCGGUGUUAUCACUAACGAAGAUGUAGAGAAGCUACUGAUCAUGAUUGAUCCCGAGACGUGGGAUCCAUCUUUCGAAAAGGAAGGUAGGGACGAACACCGUAAGGGACUGUUGACGAUGAAGAUGGCUGAAGGUGCCAAGCUGCAGAUGUGCUACCUGCUGCACCAUCUGUACGAUGUGCAGCUGAGACAUCGCGUAGAGAGCAUUAUUGCAUUCGCACACAACUAUGUCGGAGAUUUGCAGCAGGAUCAGUUGCGCAGAUACAUCGAGAUCAAACAAUCUGAUCUGCCAAGUGCCGUCGCUGCCAAGAAGACGCGUGAGUUCCGCUGUCCACCACGCGAGCAGAUGAACGCCAUCCUUGGAUACAAGAAUCUCGAGGAAGAUGAUCUUGAGAAUGCGUCUUGCGGUCCCGAGCUUCGCAACCGUUUGAUCGAGUUCCACGAGAAGCUAAUGGGCAAGGUGUCUCUUAAUGCUUUGCAAGAGCCAGAGGAGCCCGAGGCGGACAAGCUGGAAGAGGGUCGACCAGGUGCUCUGAAGAAGUUGUACAAUUUCAUCAACGCCGUGAAAGAGCUGGAAGAAGAUCCCAAGGAACCGGUCGAAGAGGAAAAGAAAACGCCCGAGGAAGUGUUCCGCAAGGUGCUGAUCAAGCAGCUCGUAUCCUGGGCCGAAGAGUCCCAGAUUGAGAAUCCCAAGCUUGUGCGUGAGAUGUUUGGGCUGCUUGUACGCCAGUACGACACCAUCGGUGAGCUGAUCAAGGCUCUGAACAAGACCUACGUCAUCAACUCUAAAACGAAGGGUGAUGUAGCGAACAUGUGGAUUGGGCUGAGUCAAAUUCGUGCCUUGCUCCCAGUACAGAUGAGCCAGGAGGAGGAAGAGCUGAUGCGCAAGCGUCUGUGGAAGCUUGUCAACAAUCAUACCUUCUUCCAGCAUCCCGAUCUGAUUCGCAUUCUACGCGUUCACGAGAACGUGAUGGCGGUCAUGAUGAACACGCUCGGACGCCGUGCCCAGGCACAGAGCGAUGCACCGGUGCAGACGGCCGAUGGAGAAGAGUCGGCACCGAAGGAGAAGGACACAUCCCACCAGAUGGUGGUCGCAUGCUGUCGCUUUUUGUGCUACUUCUGUCGUACGGGUCGUAUGAAUCAGAAGGCCAUGUUCGAUCAUUUCGAUUUCUUGUUGGAAAAUUCCAACAUUCUCCUAUCGCGACCAAGUCUGCGCGGAUCGACGCCAUUGGAUGUGGCGUACUCGAGUUUGAUGGAGAACACGGAGUUGGCGUUGGCACUGCGUGAGCACUACUUGGAAAAGAUUGCCAUUUACCUAUCUCGCUGUGGGUUGCAGAGUAAUUCCGAGCUGAUCGAGCGCGGCUACCCCGAUCUCGGCUGGGAUCCAGUGGAAGGCGAACGUUAUCUCGAUUUCCUGCGCUUCUGCGUUUGGGUUAACGGGGAAAGUGUAGAGGAGAAUGCCAAUCUUGUCAUUCGUUUGCUCAUUCGUCGUCCCGAGUGUCUUGGCCCGGCUUUGCGUGGUGAAGGUGAGGGUCUGCUGAAGGCCAUUGUUGACGCCAACAAAAUGUCCGAACGUAUCUCGGAGCGCAGAAAGAUGCAGGACGAAGCGGAAGGUACCAUCACUGGGCUGAACUUCUCACAUCCACUGCCCGAGGGUGACGAUGAUGAGGAUUAUAUCGACACCGGAGCUGCCAUCCUGUGCUUCUACUGUACGCUGGUCGAUCUGCUGGGACGCUGUGCUCCGGAUGCGGCCGUCAUCGAGCAGGGCAAGAAUGAGUCUCUGCGUGCGCGUGCUAUUUUACGUUCGCUGGUACCGCUGGAAGAUUUGCAGGGAGUAUUGAGUUUGAAGUUUACGCUGACCAAUCCAGCACUGGGUGAAGAUAGGCCCAAGUCGGACAUGCCGUCUGGAUUGGUGCCUGGCCACAAGCAGAGCAUCGUACUGUUCCUGGAGCGUGUUUACGGAAUUGAAACGCAGGAGCUGUUCUACCGCUUGCUGGAAGACGCUUUCCUGCCCGAUCUUCGUGCGGCAACCAUGUUGGACCGUAGCGAUGGGUCGGAAAGUGAUAUGGCUCUGUCGAUGAAUCGGUACAUUGGCAAUUCAAUCCUUCCACUGCUGAUCAAACACUCUAAGUUCUACAACGAAGCCGAAAACUAUGCCAGCUUGCUCGAUGCCACACUGCACACGGUCUAUCGCAUGUCGAAGAACCGUAUGCUAACCAAGGGACAGCGUGAAGCCGUGUCUGAUUUCCUGGUCGCACUGACGUCGGCCAUGCACCCGGCUAUGUUAUUGAAGCUGCUCCGCAAGCUUACUAUCGACGUGUCGAAGCUGUCUGAAUAUACGACCGUUGCACUGCGCCUCUUAACCCUGCACUAUGAACGAUGUGCCAAGUACUACGGCACUACCGGUGGCGGUCAAGCCUCCCAGUUCGGAGCAUCGUCGGAUGAGGAGAAGCGUCUUACGAUGUUGCUGUUCUCCAACAUUUUCGACUCGCUCAGCAACAUGGACUACGAUCCGGAACUAUUCGGUAAGGCGCUGCCGUGCUUGAUUGCAAUCGGUUGCGCACUGCCACCGGACUACAGCUUGUCCAAGAACUCGGAUGACGAUCUGUACGGUAAACCGACGGGUGGUGGUCCCGAUCAGCCACACUACAAUCCGCAGCCGAUCGAUACGACGGCAGUUCAGCUUACGAACGAUCUGAACCAGAUUGUGCAGAAGUUCAGCGAGCAUUAUCAUGACGCUUGGGCUAGCCGUAAGCUCGAGAACGGAUGGACGUACGGUGACCAAUGGUCAGAUGCAAACAAGACUCAUCCACGUUUGAAGCCGUACAACACUCUCAGUGAAUACGAGCGUGAACGCUAUCGCGAACCAGUACGGGAAAGCUUGAAGGCACUGCUGGCGUUGCACUGGAGAAUCGAACACUCGGAGGGUGAUGUGCCACUGUCGAACCGUGGUUCGAUGCGUCGCCAAUCGAAGCCUAAUCUGGAAUUACAGGGCGAUACUGGUUCACCGUUCAACUACAAUCCGCACCCGGUUGACAUGACCAACCUGACGUUGAGCAGAGAGAUGCAGAAUAUGGCCGAACGUUUGGCGGAGAAUUCGCACGACAUAUGGGCCAAGAAGAAGAACGAAGAGCUGGACCAGUGUGGUGGAGCUAUCCACGCCCAGCUGGUACCGUACGAUCUGCUUACCGACAAGGAGAAGCGCAAGGAUCGCGAGCGUUCGCAAGAAUUCUUGAAGUAUCUCCAGUACCAGGGACUCAAACUGCACAAACCAUCGCGUGGACAAACUGAGGAGCCGGGCAUGAGCACGGCCGCGAUCGAGCUGCGCUUUGCCUAUUCACUGCUGGAGAAGCUGAUCUCCUACAGCGACCGUGCUACGAUCAACAUGAAGCUGCUGAAACCAUCAUCUACUUUCAGCCGUCGCUCGUCCUUCAAGACCUGCUCACGCGACAUCAAGUUCUUCUCCAAGGUGGUACUGCCGCUGAUGGAGAAAUAUUUCUCGAGCAAUCGUAAUUACUUCAUUGCAAUCGCUACCGCCACCAAUAACGUUGGUGCGGCUUCACUGAAGGAGAAGGAAAUGGUGGCUGGACUGUUCUGUAAGCUUGCCAGCCUGUUGCGUCACCGGUUGGCAGCAUUCGGUGCGGACGUUCGCAUCACCGUGCGCUGUCUGCAGGUGCUGGUGAAGAGUAUCGAUGCCAAAUCUUUGGUGAAGAACUGUCCCGAGUUUAUUCGUACGUCGAUGUUGACGUUCUUCAACAACACCGCGGACGAUUUGGGCCAGACGAUCGUCAAUCUGACGGAAGGCAAAUAUGAUCGUCUGCGUGGAACGCAUCUGAAGACGUCCACUUCGUUGGCGUACGUCAAUCAGGUGAUCUUGCCAGUGUUGACUUCACUGUUCGAUCAUUUGGCAGCGUGCGACUAUGGAAGUGAUUUGUUGUUGGACGAAAUUCAGGUCGCAUCGUACAAGAUCCUGUCUGCGCUCUACACACUCGGCACUGACAUGUCUUUGACGCGCGAUCGUAAAUAUCUUAAGACCGAGCUGGAACGUCACAAGCCCGCACUUGGAUCUUGUCUCGGUGCGUUCAGUUCCUGCUUCCCGGUGGCUUUCCUUGAGCCGCACGCUAACAAGCACAACCCGUUCUCGCUACUGAACCGUAUUGCGGAUACCUCACUCGAGGCGCAAGACAUCAUGAGCAAGAUGGAAUGCUGCAUGCCAACGCUCGAGUCGAUCCUGUCCGAGGUCGACCAGUUUGUCGAGUCGGAAAAGACGUACCAGGAAGCACAGCACAUCAUAGAUGUCAUUCUGCCGCUGCUCUGUUCCUAUUUGCCGUUCUGGUGGAAUCAGGGCCCAGACAACGUUAGCCCGCAGUCGGGCAAUCACGUCACGAUGGUUACGGCCGAUCACAUGAACCAUCUGCUGAAGAACGUACUCAAGAUGAUUCGUAAGAACAUUGCCAACGAGAACGCGCCCUGGAUGACGCGUAUCGCUACGUACACGCAGCAGAUCAUUAUCAACAGCUCGGAGGAACUGCUCAAGGAUGUCUUCCUACCGUUGGCCGAGCGGGUCAAGAAACGUUGCGACAGCAUGUUCCACAAGGAGGAAAGCUUGCGUGGUUUCCUCAAGUCUUCCACCGAUGAUACCUCCCAGAUUGAAGCCCAAAUCCAGGAGGACUGGCAACUGCUGGUCCGCGAUAUCUACUCGUUCUAUCCCCUGCUGAUCAAGUACGUCGAUCUGCAGCGUAACCAUUGGCUCAAGGAUAACGUUGCCGAGGCGGAGGAGCUCUACAACUAUGUGGCGGAGAUCUUUAACGUUUGGUCGAAGAGCCAGUACUUCCUGAAGGAAGAGCAGAACUUCAUCUCGGCGAACGAGAUUGACAAUAUGACAUUGAUCAUGCCUACGGCAACGCGCCGCUCGGCUGCCGUCUCGGGUGAUAUGCCCGCGUCCGGCGGUAAGGUGAAGAAGAAGAAGCGCAGCCGCGAUAAGAAGCGUGACAAGGAUAAGGAAAUUCAGUCCAGCUUGAUGGUGGCCUGUCUGAAGCGUCUGCUGCCGGUUGGUUUGAAUCUGUUCGCCGGUAAGGAACAAGAGCUGGUGCAGCACUGCAAGGAUCGCUACCUAAAGAAAAUGCCUGAGUACGAGGUGAUUGAGUUUGCGCGCACGCAACUCACCCUGCCCGACAAGCUCGAUCCAGCGGACGAGAUGUCCUGGCAGCACUAUCUCUACUCGAAGCUCGGCAAAAAGGAGCAAAUUGUGCAGGACACACUGGAAAAGUCAGACAAGAAGCCGGAAAACAAGAUCGAAGACACGGUCGAACGCAUCGUCGCCAUGGCUAAGGUUCUUUAUGGACUUCACAUGAUCGACCAUCCACAACAACAAAGCAAAAAUGUUUACAGAAGUUGCGUCUCGAUACAGAGAAAACGAGCGGUCAUUGCCUGUUUCAGACAAGUUUCCUUACAUUCACUGCCAAGACAUCGUGCUUGCAACAUUUUUGCCCGAAGUUACUCGGAGCUGUGGCUGGAGGAUGAAAAUACGGGCCAAGAGGUCAUGAUUGAGGACCUCACGCAAACAUUUGAGGAUGCUGAAAAAAAGAAGAAGGACGAGGAAGAGGAGGAAGGCAAACCAGAUCCACUUACGCAGCUCGUGACAACGUUCUGCCGCGGUGCGAUGACUGAACGCAGUGGCGCUUUGCAAGAAGAUCCUCUGUACAUGUCCUACGCUAGCAUCGUUGCACGAUCCUGCGGUGAAGAGGAGGAGGAAGGUGGCGACGAAGAGGAAGGAGCAGGAGAGGACGAAGGAGGUGCUAGUAUUCAUACUAUGGAAAAGCUAAUGGAACAAGAAAUGGAAAAGCAGAAGCUCCUGUUCCACCAGGCACGUCUGGCCAACCGUGGCGUCGCGGAGAUGGUGCUGCUACACAUUUCCGCCUCGAAGGGCGUCCCGUCGGAGAUGGUGAUGCGUACGCUCGAGCUCGGAAUUGCCGUGCUGCGGGGUGGUAACAUCGACAUCCAGAUGGGAAUGUUGAACCAUUUGAAGGAAAAGAAGGAUGUCGGAUUCUUUACCUCGAUUGCCGGUUUGAUGAACUCCUGCAGCGUGCUAGAUUUAGAUGCGUUCGAGCGUAACACCAAGGCGGAAGGUCUUGGCGUCGGUUCGGAAGGCGCAGCCGGUGAGAAGAACAUGCACGAUGCCGAAUUUACGUGCGCACUGUUCCGCUUCAUUCAGCUGACCUGCGAGGGUCACAACCUCGACUGGCAGAACUAUCUGCGUACGCAGGCCGGUAACACGACCACGGUUAACGUGGUCAUCUGCACGGUCGAUUAUCUGCUGCGACUGCAGGAAUCGAUCAUGGACUUUUACUGGCACUACUCCAGCAAGGAGCUGAUCGAUCCGGCCGGCAAGGCAAACUUCUUCAAGGCAAUCGGUGUCGCUAGCCAGGUCUUCAACACGCUCACUGAAGUCAUCCAGGGUCCGUGUACGCAGAACCAGCAGGCGCUGGCCCACUCGCGUCUUUGGGAUGCGGUCGGUGGUUUCCUCUUCCUGUUCUCGCACAUGCAGGACAAGCUGUCGAAACACUCUAGCCAGGUGGAUCUGCUGAAGGAGCUACUCAAUCUGCAGAAGGACAUGAUUACCAUGAUGCUCUCCAUGCUUGAGGGUAACGUGGUGAACGGUACGAUCGGUAAGCAGAUGGUGGAUACGCUGGUCGAGUCGGCCUCGAACGUCGAGCUGAUUCUGAAGUACUUCGACAUGUUCCUGAAGCUAAAGGAUCUGACCUCCACGCCAAGCUUCAUGGAGAUUGACAGCAACGGGGACGGUUGGAUUAUGCCGAAAGAUUUCCGCGAAAAGAUGGAACAGCAGAAGAGCUACACGCCGGAGGAGAUCGACUUCCUGCUCGCUUGCUGCGAGACCAACCAUGACGGUAAGAUCGACUACAUCGGUUUCGUCGAUCGGUUCCACGAGCCGGCCAAGGAGAUUGGUUUCAAUCUGGCCGUCCUGCUGACGAACCUGUCCGAGCACAUGCCGAACGAACCGCGGUUGGCCCGGUUCCUCGAGACGGCCGGUUCCGUGCUGAACUACUUCGAGUCGUUCUUGGGCCGUAUCGAAAUCAUGGGCUCGUCCAAGCGCAUCGAGCGCGUGUACUUCGAAAUCAAGGAAGCGAACAUCGAACAAUGGGAGAAGCCACAGAUCAAGGAAUCGAAGCGUGCCUUCUUCUACUCGAUCGUCACGGAAGGUGGCGAUAAGGAGAAGCUGGAAGCCUUCGUCAACUUCUGCGAGGAUGCCAUCUUUGAAAUGACGCACGCGUCCGGACUGAUGGCGAGCGAUGACGACGGUGGCACCGUGAGACGCGAUCAAGCCUUCACGUACAUCAGCGAGGAGGAGGAGGAGCGUGCCGCCCGCGAUCCGAUCAAGCGCACCAUCCAGGCCGUCAAGGACGGUCUGUCCUACUCGAUGUACAUGAUCAGCCCGUCCAACAUCAAGCACCAGAUUACCGUACUGCAGUCGAAAUCAUUCCCCGAGAUUAUAGUCGGAUUCUUCAAGAUGAUCUUCUACGCGUUCUACUACUCUGGAUUUGGCGUGUCGGUUGUGAUUAAGUACUUGGUGAACAUCCUGAUGUCGCUCAUGCGCGGCCCGGCCCAGGAGGAGGAAGAACCGAUCCCGGAGGCGGAACCAUCCCUGCGUGCACUGCCACCACUACCACUGGAGGAACCGCCAGGUACGGUGCAGGCGUUUGGUUUGGACAUCAGCAAGGAAGAGAAUGGACAGUACCGCAUGGCACCGCACGAGUCGCCCGCUCUCAGCCCGUCGUCCUCGAUCGAGGAAACGGGUGAGUCCAGCCCCGAGGAUGGAGCGGCCGAGCUGACGGGCGAAGGUGUACCACCGGGUGAACAGAUGACGCUGGUCGAUCUGCUCGGCGGUGAAGCCGCCAAGCGUGCCGCCCAGGAACGCACGGAAGCACAAAAGGCACAGGAAGCUACGCUCGCCAGCAUUGAGGCGGAGUCAAAGAAGGCUUCAACCGAAACGAAGGAACCCGCGGCCGUCCACCAGAUCGAUUUCUCCAAGUACACGAAGAAGUGCGUCAGCUAUCUGGCGCGUAACUUCUACAACUUGAAGUACGUAGCGCUGGUGCUGGCUUUCUGCAUCAACUUUAUGCUGCUGUUCUACAAGGUGACGACGCUCGGCGACGAGGAGGAUGGCGAGGGCGGUUCGGGAGAAAGUUUGAUGGGACUCGGUUCGGGCCUGGGAUCGGGACUUGGCAUUUUGGAAACGGGCUCGGGCGGCGGUGAAGGUGGAAGCGGCGAUGGCGAAGGCGAAGAGGAAGACCCACCGGAGAAGGUACAUGUGGAUGAGGACUUCUUCUACAUGGAGCACGUGCUACGUAUCGCUGCCAUCCUGCACAGUCUGGUGUCGCUCUGCAUGCUGAUCGCUUACUACCAUCUGAAGGUACCGCUGGCCAUCUUCAAGCGCGAGAAGGAAAUCGCUCGUCGGCUCGAGUUUGACGGACUGUUCAUUGCUGAGCAGCCGGAGGACGACGAUAUCAAAUCGCACUGGGACAAGCUGGUGAUAUCCGCCAAAACGUUCCCGGUUAACUACUGGGACAAGUUCGUAAAGAAGAAGGUCCGCCAGAAGUACAGCGAAACGUACGACUUCGACUCGAUCUCGAACCUGCUUGGCAUGGAAAAGACGGCAUUUGCGGCACAGGAAGCGAACGAGGGCGGUGGCUUCUUCCACUUCAUUACGAACAUCGACUGGCGCUACCAGAUCUGGAAGGCGGGCGUGACGAUCACGGACAACUCGUUCCUGUACUCGCUCUGGUACUUCUCGUUCUCGGUGAUGGGCAACUUCAACCAGUUCUUCUUCGCCGCCCAUCUGCUCGAUGUGGCGGUCGGCUUCAAGACGCUGCGCACCAUUCUGCAGUCGGUAACGCACAACGGCAAGCAGCUGGUGCUGACGGUGAUGCUGCUCACGAUCAUCGUGUACAUCUACACGGUCAUCGCGUUUAACUUCUUCCGCAAGUUCUACGUGCAGGAGGAUGACGACGGGGAGGAGGGCGACCGCAAGUGUCACGAUAUGGCGACCUGCUUCGUGUUCCAUCUGUACAAGGGUGUGCGGGCGGGUGGUGGUAUCGGUGACGAGAUCGGUGAUCCGGACGGUGACGAGUACGAGGUGUACCGUAUCCUGUUCGACAUCACGUUCUUCUUCUUCGUCAUCGUUAUCCUGCUGGCCAUCAUCCAGGGUUUGAUCAUCGAUGCGUUCGGUGAGCUUCGUGAUCAGCUCGAAUCGGUCAAGGAGGAUAUGGAGUCCAACUGCUUCAUCUGUGGCAUAGGCAAAGACUACUUUGAUAAGGUACCUCACGGGUUCGAUACGCACGUCGCCCAGGAGCACAAUCUCGCCAACUACAUGUUCUUCCUGAUGCAUUUAAUCAACAAACCGGACACGGAGUACACCGGUCAGGAGACGUACGUGUGGAACAUGUAUCAGCAGCGAUGCUGGGACUUCUUCCCCGUCGGUGACUGCUUCAGAAAGCAGUACGAAGAUGAGCUGGGCGGUGGCGGUAGCUAAAAUCUGCUGCACGGGCCACCAGCGACGAUCCCAAUACCAACCACUGUCGAUGUGACCUAACCUUUCUAAGUGGCGUGCGGUGACCAAACCACAAACCACAAAAAAACAAACACCCAACAUAACCAAAGAACAACCGAACAAUCAUACAAAACAAUAGGAAACACCUGCUGCUCUGAUCGAACAUAUUCGGGCGGGUAGAAGUAGCUAGACAGCCGGACGAAUGUGUACGGUAAUUGUAAAGAUUUUUAUGUAGAUUUUUGCUCCCUUUAUCUAAGCCAACUUACAACUUCUACAGCCAGUGUUUUGUCCUACUAGCAAGAGUUACGAUCUUAUACGACCCGUUUUUUCUAACACUCCUCCUUUGUGUCCCUCUAGUAGUGACGGGGAUUUGGGAUCAGAAUUUAACGGUUCCUUUAGAAAAAAAGGUUCCCCCCUCGAAAGGCAAUCACAUUACAAAGACACAAAGCUUUUCAUUACAAUCGCACAUCACACACCAUACAUUUGUUCCAAAAUCCUUUGCAUAUCAAGAUCGAGAGCUCUCUGCAGCCUAUCUUCACACACCUCUCUUGGGUCGAUUUUAUUCACAUUCACAACCAGAACGCUUUCUCCCAUUUAGCCCGUUCUGGUUGUGCUCGAUAGAAGCAACAACAAAAAAAGUGUCCAACAACAAAAAGACGUACACCACCAUUAGGGAUUUGGUAUUGAAUCGAUCGAUUUCGAAGAAAUUAUUUCAGAACCGCAAAGGAGCGCGUUCUUACUAAUAGUGCACAGGUGGUUUGUGCGUAAGCGGCUCAAUUUUUGAGUGCAAAACCACGUGUCGUGAUCUCCGGCUGCCCUAGCCACUCCGACACGACAUUCGACAGUGAAUCGAACGAUACACCCGCCCCACUAUACCGGCCCCCAUUAGUCCCUUAUUGUUCGUUAGAUUUGGUUUAGAAUGUAAUGAUUUGAUACCAACAAAAAAAAACUUCGUUCUUUCGUUGAGUUAUUGAGCAACCCUAUCAUAGCGUAAAACACUUUUCGAACAGCACUUUUGUACUAUUUUGCUGAAGUGCUAACGAAAGAGAAGACACAAGUUAUAGUUUAUAGUUUUUUUAUUAAUUGAACUGCUUUUUUUACGCACCAAUGCCUCUUCUGCCAAUGCUGCCUUCAUAUUAUUUUUGCUAUUUACAUGUUCAAACGAUUGUUGUUAUUACGAUAUGUUAUGCUAUGGUCCCGAGCUCGAACUAUGCAUCCCGCUGCUGGGGGUGGGGACUUACUUAGGAGUUAGUUUUACUUGGUAUGAUUGAGCAAACACACGCUUAAAAAUUUUAACCGAAACCGAUCGGCCGACCGGAGAGAAGGAAACGACGGAAAAUACCAAACAAAUCAAUCGUACACACUGACAACUAGUAAAUAGUAGUUAUCUACAUUUUAAAUAAAACAAAAGAAAGAUUCUAGUUAACUUAUGAGAAUUUUUAAGUAAAUAAAAUUCAAUUAUUGAAAUCUA